AUGCUCGUAGAGCUGAAAAACGGCGAGACCUUGAAUGGACACCUGGUCAACUGCGACACAUACAUGAACUUGACCCUCAAGGAAGUGGUACAGACAAGCCCAGAAGGCGACAAGUUCUUCAGACUACCAGAAGCCUAUGUUCGCGGUAACAAUAUCAAGUAUCUACGCGUGCCCGACGAGAUAGUGGACAUUGUCAAGGACCUACAGCAAACCCAGCAAUCACAGCGCGGUGGCAGGGGAGGCGGGCCAUCAAGAGGAGAUCAUGGUGGUGGGCGAGGCGAUCGUGGCGGACGUGGUGGUAGAGGAGGGCGUGGACGCGGCAGAGGACGAGGUGGCUAG